AUGGCUGACCCUUUGGCAAAGCAUGGAAUUUAUAUUGACGACUUGAGCAAGAUUCGCGUAUUGGAACCUGAGGUUGCGAAUCAGACGAAUAAGCUCAAAGAGGAAUGUCAGAAUUUCAUUUCGAAGAUUAUGGAAUUUCAAACGAAUUCCGACGAAUUUAUACAGCUAAUUGAUCAAUUGGCAAAUGAAGUGGAAAAAGAAAAGAUGAAAACUAUUGGAACUCGGAACUUGCUUCGUUCUGUCGCGAAAGAAAGGGAUGCUCAGAAACAACAAAUUCAGGCGCAGAUCAUUGAAAAAUCUAUGGAACUUGAGAGACUUCGUAUACAGUAUGAUUCGCUAAAGAAGAUUGAAAUGGAACAGUUAGAAACUAUUGAACAAUUAACAGUGAAUUAA